CUGUGACCAUCAGAGACUAAUGAUCUACGACGAACAAUAAAAAUUAUUAAAAUAAAAAUAGUGCAAGUCAAAGAAAUGCAGAAAGAAAAAUAAUUUGUGAUGAAAUUACUUUUGUCAUAGCGAAUUUACCAUUUUAAAUAUAAACAAAACAUGGAAGCGGUGCCGAAAUUGCCACUAAUCAGUUUCGAGUUGAAAGUGAGCCCGGAAAAUACGCAUUUCGGUCCAAAACUAAAACAGUACAUCGCGGAAGCUUAUAAAGAAGACCCUGAUAGUUACAACAAUGAGAUACAUCAGUUGGAGGGCCUACGCUCAGCCGCCGUAAGGGCAACCAGCGACGCGGCUGGCCUGAGCGCCCUUUUGCGAUACUUUUGCCAGCUUCGGGCGAUGCAGAGUCGAUUCCCAAUGACCAAGGGCGCGCCCGCUGCAUGCACCUUUGCAUGGAAGGACCUCUAUGCUAACAUGAGCUACUCACUUGCGGACAUAAAAUUUGAAAUGGCAUGCAUUUUAUACAACAUUGGGGUGCUCCACACACAAUUGGGUGCAGCUGAGCCACGCACCACUGCUGACAGUUUAAAAUCAGCGUGUCAGCAUUAUCAGUAUGCUGCUUGGGCCUUCCAUUACCUCAAAGAACAAAACCCCUUGCCGUCUGGUGCUGAUAUAUCAACAGACAUAAUGCCUUUGCUCCAAGAAAUUUGUUUUGCACAGGCCCAAGAGUGUAUUCUUGAUAAAAGUAUACAGGAUACAAGGAAGCCCAGUGUUAUUGGUUCUGUAGCAACACAAGUGCUGUACUUCUACAAGAACUCACUGGCACAUCUCGGACCAUCUGGAAGUAGCGACACCAUACAUGAGGUUGUAGGCACCAAGAUCUACAACUCCUGGUACCGCUAUCUGUCCUUCAAAGUUGCUUAUAUCGGCUGCAUUGUCUGUUUGUAUCAAGGAAUCCAUGCAGAAGAACAACAGAAGAUGGGCGAAAGAGUAGCCUUUUACCAGCAAGCAGUGGAUAAACUAGCUGAAGCGAGAAAACUUGCUAAAUACAUUGAACCAGUGCAAGUUACUCAGGAAGCUCUAACAUUCACUAAUGAUGUGGUUGAAGGGAAACGGAAGGCAGCUAAGAAUGAGAAUGAGUUCAUCUAUCAUGAAGAGGUUCCGGAGAAGGAUAUGUUGUCUGACCUUAAGCCUGUGUGCCUGGUCAGUGCUGUGGCCAUCAACUUCAAUGAUCCAGAGGUGUCAGGUCCAGAUAUCUUCGGGCGGCUGGUGCCCAUGGGCGCGCACGAGGCGUCCUCCAUGUACUCAGAGGAGAAGGCCAAGCUGCUGCGACACGUGGUCAACCAGACGGAGUCCAAGAACACUGAGCUGACGGAGUUCAUGUCCUCACUGCAGCUUGAUCAGUUGGAUGUUUUGGAUGCGGAUCAGAAAAUACCUCAAGAGAUAGUGGACAGAUGUGCCGCGAUGAACGCGAAAGCAGACAUUAUCCAGAACCUCGUGGACUCCAUGAACAGUCUCGCGGAAAUUAUCAGUGAUGUGGAGCACUCCUUGGAAGAAAUCAAGUCGCUUAUUCAGGAAGAAACCUUGAAAGAGAAGGAGUACCAAAAGCAAAUGGGUCCCCGGCCGCCGUCCAUCGUGCAGACGGAGAUAUCGCGCGAGUACCAUAAGUACCAAGAGGCGCACGCGCGCACCACAGAGAGCAACCAGGUGCUACACAAGGCCAUGACGCUGCACAUCACCAACCUGCGGCUCCUGUCGCAGCCGCUGGAGGUGCUGCAGGCCAAGAUACCGAGCAUUGAGAACAUUGAGGGCCUGGACCGCGACACGAUGAAGGUGAUGCGUCGCGUGGUGGGCAAAGCGCGCGAGAUGCAGCAACAGCGGGACUCGCUGGUGCAGCAGCUGCGCACCGCGCUGGCCGACGAUGACGUCACGUCGCAGCUGCUCGCGCGCAGCAACGAGCCGCCCGAGGACAUCUUCAAGCAGGAGAUAGAGAAACACACGCCCACUGUAAAAAUAAUUGAACAGAACUUGGCAGCGCAAGAGAACAUUAUAAACAAGCUUACAUCGCUUUACGCGUCGUACGGCGAUUCGCGGCGACUGCUUGCCGACGUGCUGAGGAAACGCGAUGGCCUUAUAAACGCCUUGAUAACAUCGUACGACACGCACGCGGAAUUGCUCGGCAAGUCUCAGAAGGGUUUGGAGUUUUACCGCAAGCUGUCGCACAACGUGACCGGGCUGCUGACUCGUGUGCGCAGCGUGUGCCAAGUGCAGCGAGAGGAGAGAGCGCAGCUUAUGGCGACACAGAAGGCUCCCACCCCCGUAACGUCAGCAGCGACAAAGCCUGCUGAAGCUGUCCCCGCAACACUCCCAGCUGGCUCUGGACUGAAGCUAAAGGACUAUCUGCCUUAUAUGAAGAACAGAACAAUGGCGAGAAACACUCCGCCUCCGCAAGCUCAAAUGGAACCCUUGCCAAACGAAGCAUACUAUCCCGAAACCAUUUAUCCGACAUCAGUGAGGCCGGCCCCUGUGGGAUCAGAGGCAACGGAUAUCCCACAGCCCAACUUACCCGAUGGUGUCGUAAUGCCGCAAGGAAUGCAAAAUGUGACCAACCCAUACGCGCGAUAUGCACAAGCGUACGCGCCAACUGAGAAUGACCCUUACGCCCCUGCAGCUAACUACGCGUAUCCCAUGAACAAGUUUAGUAAACCGGAGGACAACUAUAGUUACACUUCAUACACGCCACCGCAGUAUGCCCCUCAAAUACCUGACCCUCAAACAUAUUCCAACCCUUACUAUUCUGCGACACACAACAAUUCCACUGUUGUGACAGACUCUCAAAACUCGACACCUUACUCUACAGAUAACCAAACGAAUGUCAGUUCAAAUACAAAUCAAUAUAACAUCUACAAUAACCCUUACAUGAUGAACCAGGCGCCAGCGACACCGGAACCUAAUUUGUCGCAAUAUACUCCUGUCAGUCAAGACUUCAAUGCAAGCUUUGCUCAAAUGCAAAUAUCUGCACCAAAAAAUGAACCUGCAAUCAACUAUGGGGGUGAAUACGGCCAAACGCAAUUCAGCGUUCAGUAUCCCCAAUCGUAUACUCCGAACUUAGCUACAUACAGUAAUGCUGGACUAAAUGCCAAUACGAACAUUGUGGGAUCACCUUUGCCCACAGAUAAUAACUACAGUUACACUAAUGAUCCUAUGUCUCAGUAUGGGCAAACUCCAGUGCAGAGUGUGCCUAAUCCAAUGGCACAGUAUGCUCAAACUUCGGUGCCUAACUCAACUGUACAAUAUGAUCAAAAUUCAGUAUCAAACGUCUCGAAUCCAACAGCACAAUAUGGCCAAACUUCGGUAGGUAAUAUUGCAAAUCCAACUUCCCAGUUCGGCCAAACUUCAGUACCUAAUGUGUCAAAUCCUACAGCACAGUACGGCCAAAAUUCAGUACCUAAUACUUCCUAUCCUAUGGCGCAGUAUGGUCAAACUGCGAUACCAAAUCCUGGAGCACAAUAUGAUCAAACUUCUUUACCAAAUAUAGCUAAUCCAAUGCCGCAAUAUGGUCAGACUGAUCCAAAUAUAAAUACAUUUAAUGCCCAAGCACCAAACCAAAUGUCGAAUUUUCAAAAUACCAUGCAAAAUGUAUCAACUCCAAUAAACCAAACAUCAACUUUUUCAAAUCAGCAAAACAUUUCAGGGCCAAAUCCAACACAAUAUUCGAUGUCAAAUACAUCAAUUUCAGCUGCACCAGAGUUUUCCAAUCCAGUGCAACAAACCCAAAUUUCUGUAUCAAACGUUGCUCAAAAUUUUUCGAAUACAUUGCAAAACGUUCAUACAGCUGGCCCAACCAGCCAUUUGAACCCCAUAACAAGCAUGUCAAAUCUUAAUACAAAUUUCCAAUCAUUACCUGAUCCUAUUUCCAAUUCAUCCAGUGCUAUUCCUACAAUAUCAGGUUACGGUGCGAAUCAGCAGUAUCCCUUUUCCAGUGCAUACGAAAGUAUAUCUCACGGAUAUGUUUAUACAAAUGCAGAAAGCGCAAUAACAUCGACAGCUAACACAAGCGUGACUGCAUUUAGCAGUGGACAGCCCUACUGUCUUCCCAGUGAAGCUGCAGGUUAUGUCGAUCCAAAUUUGUCCCAAUUAGAUGCUCUCGAUAAACCCAUAAAAUCACAUGUCACAGGACAAGCUCUUUCGACAAGUGUUCAGAAUCAAAAUUUUAGUCCUAUGGGGCAAAUGUCAGACCAAACUUAUCAACCAACUGGCGCGCAAUAUACAGACCAAUCAAACUCGGGUUACGGACAAAAUUACCAGAAUCACCCUGGAUACACCUACAAUCCUACUUCUGGAAACUAUGAUUAUAAUUAUGGGUCACAAAAUUCUUACACAAAUUACGGUCAACAGAACGUUGAUCCACAAUCAAUGCCAAAAGAUCCUAAUUGGAAUGCUGCAGGAGUCUAUACUAAUGCUGGACCCUGUCAAACCUUGCAGUCUCCAUCAGAAAACCCCCAAAGCAAUACCAAUGUGCCUUCAGAAGCAACGAAUAAUUCACAGAUUUAUUAUAACCCUCCUUAUGGUUACUUGACUGUCACAAACCAGGCAAAUGAGAUAGUAUCUCAGGCUGUACAAGUCACUACAAAUUAUGGUGCCAAUGUGAACUGCUCGACGUAUAUGCAAUCUGGGCAGCCACAAAACAACACGAACGUGACUUUUACCAGCAACCAAGUGUCAACUGUGAAGGAAAAUGUCGCCGAACAGCCUUCCCAGCCAACGGAGGCUGUAGUUCAACCUCCUCCCGUAGAAAAUACUGCAAAAGAAAUUUCCGAAAAUCAACCAGUCGAGGCCAAAGUCGAGGAAAUUAAAUCUGACCCGACAGCAUUCGACCUCUUAUCAGAAAUAGAUUUUACAGUCGAGUAUAAACCUUUGAUGCCUGAAAUAAAAGUGCCUCAGAUUUCCGAAAAAGCAAUCUUUAAACCUACUAUAGUUCCCAAAGUCGAGCCUAUUGUGAGACCCGCGCCUAAAGAAGAAGUGAUAGAAAGGCCUGCUAAAAGAGAUCUCUUCUCUGACCCUGGCUUGUUGAAUAGUUUUACGCAGGAAGUGAAAAAUUUACACAAACUGACUGAGUCUUUGACCAAUAAAACUCCCAGUGGGCUGACUGUUCUAGAUUCUAAAUGGAAGAGUUUUCAAGAUACACAGGCAAAAGAAAACAUGACUCGAUCUAAGUCAGUAGCAAUGCGAUCGUCCAAAAACAUAGUGACUGAAGUAGUGCCUUACGACGACUCUCGACUUACCCUUAAAUCAGAUCCUGAAGCUUAUAUUAACGCGUCCUAUUAUAAACAAUUAGCAUCUUGGUGCAUACCAGUAGUGAUAUCAAAAUGUCCAGAGGAGAGCGAGUACUCAAUAUUUUGGAAAGCAAUGUUAGAAAAUAAGAUCACAUGUAUUGUGUGUCUGCUAAGCGAAAUUGAGAUGUCAGGAAACGCUUAUUGGCCGACUGCGAAAGGACAAUCAAUAGACUUAUCUGACACUCUACGAGUCACUUUGGAAGAUGUCACCUGUAAUGUGCAUUGGACGGAGAGGAAACUGACCAUCGCGUCGGGGAAGAGUGUGUCUAUGGUUACUCAUUAUCAGAUCAACGUGUUUCCGGCUAAGAUAGUAUGCCCGCCAUUAGUGCUACUCGCAGACAAGAUCCUCAGCGUGACGUAUGAGGGUAGACUGAGCAACCAACUGUGCGGCGCGUGCAUACAGUGCGGCGCCGGCGCCGGCCGGAGCUCCGUGCUGGCGCUGCUUGUGCUGGUGAUGUGCCAAGUGCGAGCGGGGUAUUGGGACCUCUGUGAUAUGUUGGACUCGGGCUGCGUGAGUCUGUACAAACGUCGGACGAAUGUUCUAGAAGACACCAAGUAUCUCGCAGACGCGUACAGAACGGCCUUGUUCUACGCGCAAGGUGUUCUAUGUUCCGGUACUACAAUGUUCAACGGUGAGGCGGUGUCAGUAGCGAGCGGUGCCUCAGUCCUGCCUCCCGUGACGCCCUCCCCCUCCGCUGGGGCAGCUGCCACCCCCGGGGGGGCCCACCCCACUCUCAAGACGAAGUUCUCCCGCGAGUCCUUCGAGGAAAUGCGUCAAUCCCCCGGCCUCAAGAGCGGGGAUAUGAAGGACCCGCUCAACUUCCUCGAUCCGUUGUGGAGUCUGAAAAAGAAAUAAGUUUGAAAUUGGUUUGGAGGUUAGUGGUCUAUGGUUCGGCCAUCUUGGAUUUCUGUCACAGUUUUACAUGCCAUCUUUUAUAUCAAUAGAGUACAAUUACAAAUAGAGAAUAGAUUACUCAGAGGCACAAUUAUCCGCCCACUUUAAUAUGACGCGAGUAUAUUUAAGCGGGCGGAUAAUUGUGCCUCUGAGUAUACAUGCUCGUAAAUAGAGACCAAACUAGAUUAGGUACCAAAAUUAUGAGUGAUUUUUGCCAUAACGGCAUUCGACUUUGUGAUGCAUUUUCGGAUAAAUAAAUAUUAUAUUUCAUUUAUAAUAAUAAUAAUAAUUUCUUUAUUUUUGGCUACAAAGGCCCAUUGGUUAGUUACAAACUUAAAAAUUAUGUUAGUAGGUACACAUAUUACACACACAAUACACAAGAUAAAAAUAAAAACUAUCUCACCGCACCAAAACAGAAAUAAAUUUCUGCAAGAUCGGCGAGUCAGUCUUGCUUGCUAACAUGUUCAAGAUCCUAUUGGGGCUCGCCCGCAGUCUUGCCAGGAGGGAUGACUUUCGUUUUCUAAUUAUUGCAUAAAAAUCGUCUGUCCGCUCCUGCGCAAACAUACCUGACGCUGAGCAAAACCGGGGCAACCCCAACAGCAUCCUGAACCCAUUGUUAUAUUGAAAUUUAUAAUAUAAAAUAAAUCGCAUUGUUAUUAAUUAUAUAAAAGAUGUUGAAUCCACAGAUCUUCGAACCUGGUCAACUUCAUAAGUAAAAAAUAAUAGUAUUUAGCUGUAUUUAAGUAAAAACUAAAGACAGGAUAAAUUUCAAACCGUUGAUAGUAUUUUUAACCACGUACUUUAAUUAUAUUUAUCAUGGAAACAAUUAUUAUUUAACUAAGCAAUUAUCAUUAAUAUUAUUAAUUGUUUUACUCAUUAAAUUUGUUAUUUACAAAUCAAAUAAACAUUGUAGGUAACAAAUAUUUAUAGAAAAUGAUUACAUUUAUUUAUAAAUAGCUUCACUUAUGAAUUAUCGAUUAGAUUGUAAUGUAAUAUUUUUAUUGCACAUUCCUGAGUUUUGUAUGAAUAUGAAGAGCAAAAUUUUUAAUGUAAAUUAUACUUGUGGUACCUUAAGUUAGCAUUUACCGAGCAAAUGAAAAUUUAUCAAACCAAUAGACAUAAAUAGAUUAAUAGAAAUAGCUAGAAGUAAUGUAUUUAGAAGAAACGACUAACAAAAUAUAACGAAAGUUUUGUAACAUACACAUAAUGCACUUUCAUUUUAUAUCCCGCUCGAGUAUAUUCGAUUGUUCUGCUUUCAGUCCCCUAUAUGAAACGACGAACCGGUUUUGAUGAAUCAAAAGAACCAUAUUUGAAAAACCUAUUUCUUGCAUCCAAAUCGGUUCACUAGUUUAAGUGCUAUUGUGCAAUAGACACAUAGACAGACAGACAGACAUCAGCCAAACUUAUAACAACCCUAAUGCGUUGGAUAACCGAUGGAUGUGUCAAAGAACGUGCCAUAUUAUAUUUUACAAAAACAUACAUAAGUACAGCCGAAUAUAGAACUUUCUCCUUUUGGAAAUCGGUUUAAAAUAACCCCAAAAUUUUAAAGAAUAUUCAUACCGCGCGAUGCUCAGUUAUGCCGUUUGCAUAUAAUGCUUCAUCAUUGGUAUUCCACCAUGUUUGAUUUAGAAUGACGUCACUUAACUAUACCUAACUAACCUGAGGGCCUAGUGGCUAUUUGAUACUAUGACAUUCACGUUUACGUAAACGCGAAUUUCUAAGGAAUUGAAACAGCGCCAUCCAGCGGCACUACUGUACAACUGUUUCAAUUCCAUAUAAAUUCGCGUUUACGUUAACGCGAUAGUAACAGUUUGAAAACAUUGAAAACUCACUAGGCACGCUGCUUUUCAUCCAAACUAAAAGUGAAUGUGACAACACGUCCUGUCAGUACUUAUAUUUAGAAUCUAGUUUAUAAAGUGCUAACGUACGGUGCUGCAAGUUUAAUGGUAAAUUUUUUUGUAAUAGGUAUAGUCUACGCCAAACUUCGAGUCUUCAGACAAAGUAUAGCUUGGCAACUUCGUUCGUAAUACUCCUGAUGUUGCGCGCGGGGCGGGGGGGGGCGUGUAGCGAUGAAUGACUGAUGCACGUCGCACCCCGUCACGCACGAUUUCACACUCGCGCAGUCUGUUCCCCCGUCGCCCGCAUAUCAUGGAAGUGGUAUCAACGAACUUGCCAGACUAUAGCAACACGCGGCUUUACGCAGCUAUUAUUAAUCCGACAGGAAUAUGUUUUCUUUUACUGUGCAACCAUAUGCCUAGUGUUCAGAGCCGACUCGAGGUUUGGCGCGCUUUGUAAUACAGUUCGCAUCACCUGAAGUUGGUUUAAAUGAGUCGCGAUGCGCAAUUAGAAUUGGCCCUUUCUACAAAUAGACACAAUAUCAAAUUUCAGCAGACUCAGAAGUGGAUUACAAAAAUAAGAAAACAAAUUUCGAACAAGGGUUAAGAUUCACAAUAUUUGUCAGGACAACGUAAUUAACAAAUCAAACUGUAACAUUUCAACAACUGUCAUUGAAUGCCUAGAAUGGCCGAGAAUGACCUUGAGUAGAGUCACGCACUUGUGAUCGUUGUAUGUACGGUUAAGGGAACCCUUAACAGUUACUAACACUCCCCUUUUCCACUCUCCCCGCCUAUCCCAAGUAACCUAUAAAGAAUUACACAUCAAGAAAUGUGGACGAUCGAACGCCGCGAGCAUAUUGAAGACAGUACGACAAGCGCCUUAUAUCGCAAGUAGUUUCCGCCAACCGAUCGCUACCGCUCACUAAUUCCCCACUCUUUACGGACGCCACCUGAUAUCCGUCUCAGACUACUAUUUCCUACUCAAACAUAUAACACUCAUUUUUUGCGUUAAGUGUAAUAACAAGGCUUGUGCGCGGCGAUGUGGAUAUUCGGAACUGUACCUAGUGUUAUUCUGUAACGAUGUUUUAAUUACUCGACAGUUUUUUUUAAUUCUUUACAAGUUAGCCCUUGACUGCAAUCUCACUUGAUGGUAAGUCAUCACUUAAGCCGCUUAAAGAAGCUUGGAAGCGGGCUAACUUGUUAGGAGGAUGUAAGUCCACACCCCUUUCGGUUUCUACUCGACAUCGUACCGGGACGCUAAAUCGCUUGGCGAUACGUCUUUGCCGGUAGGGUGAUAAAUAGCCACUGCCGAUUCCUCCCACCAGCCAUACCACCAAUUAAGAAAACCUCAAUCGGUCCAGCCGGGAAUCGAACCCUCAAAUUCGUACUUUCUAUGGUAUCGUAAUAAAGAGAAAAACAAUCUAAUGCGAAACUCACAGUCGACGUUGAGUUAUUGAAAUAUCGUUUUUGACGGCCUCCGUGGCGCAGUGGUAUGCGCGGUGGACUUACAAGACGGAGGUCCUGGGUUCGAUCCCCGGCUGGGCCGAUUGAGAUUUUUUUAAUUGGUCCAGGUCUGGCUGGUGGGAGGCUACGGCCGUGGCUAGUUACCACCCUACCGGCAAAGACGUACCGCCAAGCGAUUUAGCGUACCGGUACGAUACUGUGUAGAAACCAAAAGGGAUGUGUGGAUUUUCAUCCUUCUCCUAAUAAGUUAGCCCGCUUCCAUCUUUGAUUGCAUCAUCACUUACCAUCAGGUGAGAUUGAAGAGCUAACUUGUAAAGAAAAAAAAAAAUUGCGCAGUACGAGUAUUUGUGAAUAGAUGCGAACUGUAAAUAAAUUAUUAAGUUACUGGUAUUUGUAUAACAUGUAUGAUAACGACUUAUUUUAAAUUGGUAGUUUGUUUGUUUGUUGGCUGACUAGUAAGAUAGAUUUUUUUAAUAUUACUUGAGACUGUUAUGUAUAAAAUAUUCGUGAUUAUGUAUCGAAUCUACAAUAUAUUAUUGAAAAAUA